UAGAUAAGGAGAACAGGGGUCCUGAAAGAACCAGACUACACCUGAUUAAACCUACUAAAGCUUGCUGGAGCAAGCCACUGAAUCGAUCACAGAGUAAACUGGUGCUGAACUCCUGAUUUGUGUUCUGCAACGGAUUGUCCUCUCACAGAAUGUGGACAUCUAUCCAGUUAACAGCCAUGUCAUUGUGACCUGGUUACCUCCUAUUUGUGCACAUCCACUGGACAGCUUACCUGUAUAUAUGAUUUAAGUUUUAAGCAGGUCUGGAAUGUCUUCAAUAUGUUGCAUACAUUUUAAGUCACUUUUGUGUCAAAAAUUUUCACUAUACAAAUAUCCUGAAAUCAGCAGCAAGGAUGCUGUGGUCUUUCCAUCUUAUGUGCCAGGACACUGUAUGCUGUGUGUGAGUCUGCUUUUGCAUUACUUUAACCAAACAUUUGUCGUACAAAGUGGAAAAAGCUACAUUUAUUCCUUGAUAUCAUGCAUUCUCUAACAACUUAACACAUGGUAACAUUUUUCAGAUCAUGAAGCCAAAAUUGAGUGAAUUGUAUUUUCUCAAUUCGCUGAGAAGCCCAGGUUUUGGUGAUGGCACUUACAUUGCCAUAUACAGGUUUUGCCUAAUUUGCUAAAAAAGUAUGUUCUACAUUCAGUUCUGUUCUUUUUUUUCCCUUUUUCUAUUUCUCGACAAGAGUUGUCUUGUAGCUGUGGAGUCUUCACACUAAUGGUAGGAGUAAUAGUUAUUUUGGUUCUGCAGAUGUCAUGUCAGAAUUUAGCCCACAUGUGCAGUGAUUAAUACUUCAUUCGCUCUCUAUAUUACCCUGGGUGAAACGUUUGACUUCCCAGAGGUGGGUUUACCAACCAUAUUAAAAUAUAUUCUGUAAGUUUGCAGUUUAUUUGUUUUGAUAAACUUGUGCUUUUCCAAACUAUAGUCAGACAUGCCAAGUAUUAGAAGAUGGUGGUCUGCCCUUUUACUGGAGCUGUUCCCACCAAGAUCAUUCACGAAAAGCCAGCAAAGAAAAAAGAGGCGAAUCGGGGCUGACAAGAGACAAGACACUGUUGCAGCCAGUGACACACCACUGAACAUACAGCAGGCAUGUAUUUGCCAUUUUAUUCAAUCUUUAAACUGCAGUUGGAUUAUUAUGUCCACAACUUUUGUUCCUCCACAGCUUCCUCCGCUAGUUUCUUCGAGCAAUCUUGCUGGAAGUUGUGGUUCAUGAUGGUGAUGUUGCAAUCCGCACCCUUGCCCUUACAUGCAGUUGCUUCAACAACAUUGUGUGCUUGGAAAGUUUCUGGCGAGAGGCUCACUUUCGGUGGUGGGACAGUGUUCUGGAUCCAGACUGGAGCUUGUGUAAAUCCUAGUUAACACGGGAUGAAGAUCCCAGCAGAAACAGAGAAACACAGAGACAUCAUGAUCAGCAGCGGCGCUGAUCAAGCGCUUCAGGACGCGCAGACGGGGGAAGCGAGCGGGAGCGCUCGUCAGACUCAGGAAGUGCGGAUUUCGAACGCCGUUGCCUAGCAUCCAUCUGGCAAAUCUCCGCUCUCUACCCAACAAAACAGACGAACUGCUUCUGCUUUCUCGGACAAAUAAGGAUUUCUCUCACUCUGCUGCUCUGUGUUUCACGGAAACCUGGCUGAAUGACGCCAUACCGGACAGCGCGCUCCAUCUGCCGGGCUUUCAGCUGUUCAGGGCGGAGCGCGAAUCAGAAUCAACUGGGAAAUCGUGCGGUGGCGGUACAUGCUUUUCAUUCUUGGGGACUUUAACAAAGCCAAUCUCUCAUGUGAACUGCCAAAAUACAGACAGCAUGUUACAUGUCCCACCAGAGACAGUAAUAUAUUGGAUCACUGCUACACCACAAUAAAGGAUGCAUUUCACUCUAUUCCACGAUCAGCUUUGGGACGUUCUGAUCACUGUCUGGUUCAUCUUAUACCGUCCUACAAGCAGAAACUUAAAUCUGCUAAACCUGUAGUAAGGACUGUGAAGAGAUGGACCAGCGAAACGGAGCAGGAUUUACAAUCUUGUUUUGACCUCACUGAUUGGAGUGUUUUUGAAGCUGCUACCACCGAUCUGGACGAACUCACAGAGACCGUAACAUCCUAUAUUAGUUUCUGUGAGGAUGUAUGCAUUCCUACCAGGACUUAUUUAACAUUCAACAGUGAUAAGCCAUGGUUUACAGUAAAACUCAGACAUCUUCGUCAGGCCAAAGAGGACGCCUACAGAAAUGGGGACAGGGUCUUGUACAAUCAGGCCAGGAACACACUGAACAAAGAGAUCAGAGCGGCUAAAAAGACCUACGCUAAAAAGUUGGAAGACCAGUUUACUUCCAACGACUCAACUUCAGUGUGGAGAGGUCUAAGAGCCAUCACGAACUACAAGACACCAUCCCCUUGCACUGAGGCUAAUCAACGACUUGCUAACGACCUGAAUGAGUUUUAUUGUAGAUUUGAAACCCCCAACACCCAUUCUGACCAUCUCCCUACACAACCAUUAACACCUCCUGCAAUCCCCCGUUCCACACCUACUGCUCUUCAAAUCUGUGAAGAUGAUGUGCGCCAGGUCUUCAAGAGAACAAAAGAAAAAAAAAACCAGGCCCAGAUGGUGUUACACCAGCCUGUCUUAAAAUCUGUGCUGACCAGCUGGCCCCCAUCUUUUCACAGAUCUUCAACAGAUUUCUGGAGUUGUGUGAAGUAACUUCCUGCUUCAAACGCUCCACCAUCAUCCCCAUCCCAAAGAAACCCAAGAUAGCAGGACUUAACGACUACAGACCUGUGGCUCUAACGUCUGUCUUCAUGAAGUCGUUUGAAAAACUGGUUCUGGCAUAUCUGAAGGACAUCACUGGACCCUUACUGGACCCCUUGCUUACCGAGCAAACAGGUCCGUGGAUGAUGCAAUCAACAUGGGAUUGCACUUCAUCCUGCAACAUCUGGACAAAACAGGGACUUAUGUGAGGAUCCUAUUUGUGGACUUUAGUUAAG